AUGUCUCGCUACGCCGCUGCCCACAUCAAGCCCGAGGGCCCAGGCGAUGCCCGCCCUACAGCCCUCCAAAUCAUCCAAGACGAAGGCGUCGAGGGCACGCUCCAGGGCCAGGUUAUUGUUAUUACUGGCACCUCCUCUGGCAUUGGUAUCGAAACUGUACGCGCCCUCGCCGCUACUGGCGCUACCCUUUACCUUACAGCCCGGGAUCUCGACAAGGCCAAGUCCGCCCUUGAUGGCAUCUUCGACCCCUCCCGUAUGGAGCUAUUCCAGAUGGAUCAGGGAUCCCUAUCCUCUGUACGCGCUGCCGCCACUGCUAUUCUUAAUAAGACCUCCAAGAUCCACGCCCUCAUCAAUAAUGCUGGUAUCAUGGCUAUCCCUGACCUUCGCUUUACUAUCGAUGGCCAUGAGCUCCAGUUUGGCACAAAUCACCUCUCUCACUUCCUCCUCUUUAUGCUGCUCAAACGCGCCCUCCUCGCCGGCGCCUCCCCUGCCCUCCCCUCUCGCGUUGUCAAUGUGUCCUCCUCCAGUCAUAACCUCCAUGGCAUCAACGACGCCGAUAACUACGCCUUCCAGCGCGGCGACUACGAUCCUAACGCUGCCUACGGCCAAUCCAAGACUGCAAACAUCUACAUGGCCAACGAGAUCGAACGCCGCUAUGGUGCGCAUCACCUGCACGCAACCAGUGUCCACCCAGGCAUUGUCCACACAGGGCUGACCAGGCACAUGCCCCCCGACGCCUUUAAGGGGAUGGAUCACGUGAUGUCAUUGAUGAAGAACGUCGAGCAAGGCGCCGCAACGACGGUGUGGGCGACCGUCGGUGAGUCAUGGGAGCAUGACGGUGGCAAGUACCUUGUCGAUUGCGCUGUGGCCGAGCCAGGUUCGGGUGGGGAGGACAAGAUGAUCACGCCCACGUAUGCUGCCUACGCCUAUGAUGCCGAGAAAGAGGGAAGGUUAUGGAGGGACUCGCUCAAGCUUGUGGGGUUGGAGGAUGAGCAGUAG